AUGAUAAGCCGAGUCAAGAGAGGCGGUCAAACAUCUAAGAUCUACGCCAUCUGUCAAAGAAUUGUCAAGUCCCUCGUUGGUUACUAUCAGAGUGUUGUCGACGAGCAGAGCAAAAGGGAGAAGAACGGUCACAGCAAGACCUACAUCUUUAUGGAGGCGAAGCCCGUCACCAGGUCCACCCGGUUGAGGUCACUCGCCACCAAUGACGGCACUGCUCUUUCCUCUGUACUGGGUUCUUUCACCACCAAAGCACUCUGGUUUCGAGAGUUUAAGGCCCAGGAUGAUUACAGAGCAAGGUGA